CGUCAGUUAUAUCAGCAACUUCAGCCGCAGACCGAAGGAGACGCGAAUCUUUGCACGUUCAAGGAUGGAGGCAGCUCGUUUGUUGGUCGUUGUUGCAGCAGUGCUGGGUUUCAUCUCCACCACCGCUGAGCGCCACUACAAGUUUGUUCAGCAGAUGAAGACCUGGCCGGAGGCUCAGCGUUACUGCAGUGACAACCACGACGGCCUGGCGUCUGUGCACACGAUAGAGGACAUGCAGUUCCUGAUCAGCCUGGCAAAGACGAGCGGCAUGUUCGGAGACUUUUGGAUGGGAUUGUACGAGAACGUAAACAGCUGGAGGUGGUCGAUGUCGGAUGCUGAUUUCUAUCCUGAAGGCGAGGCCGAGUUCCGAGACUGGGGUCCUGGACAACCAAACAACUUAGGCAACGCUGAACGCUGCACAUCCAUGCGGUACACGGGGGAGUGGCACGACUACUCUUGUGACUCUCCCCUGCAAGCAGUCUGCGCUGACGUCACAGGAGCGACUGCAACAUUCGUUCUCACCGAGGAUAACCUGACAUGGCCCGAAGCCCAGAGAUUCUGCAGGAACAACCACAAGGAUCUGGCCAGUGUCAGAAACAAGACGGAGAACGAGAUGAUACAUGGGCUGAUACCGGCUGAUAGAUAUAUCUGGAUUGGUCUUUACAGAGAAGACUGGAACUGGACCGAUGGGAGUAAGCUCUCCUUCAACUACUGGGCGCCAGGGGAGCCCAGCGGCGGGGAUGAGAGUUGUGCAGUGACAAACUUUACCAAUUCCGGACUAUGGGAGGACUGGAACUGCAACCGGGAGGCAUCGUUCAUUUGCAACGUUGCUCCUCCAAAGCAUGUGGUGAAAGUGAAGGUGAAGGUGAAGGGAAGCUCUGGGCUGGAUCUGAAUGACCCUGUUGUGAUGGAACGCGCUCUGGAGCAGCUCAAACAGAAGCUGAAGGAGAAGGGAGUGAACAGUGACAUCAAACUGAGCUGGAGGAAGCAGUCAGAUGGAAAGGUCUUCCACAAGGAGAAGAAGAAGAGUGAGCUUUAACAGAAGAAAAUUAUCAUCGCAUCAGCUUCUUUUCCGCUCAAAUUUUUUUUCUUUUCAUAAUAAGUCUGAAUUGAGCUUUAUAUUAUAUUAUAUAUAUAAUAUAUAUAUAUAUAUAUAUAUAUAUAGAAGCUGCCCUACAAAAGUCUGACUUUAGCCUUCUGUCAGAGAGACUGACGAAGCAACUCUUUGGAUUACUUAAAAAAACAAUAUAUUAGUAAAUGUAGCCCCAGAUGAAAUCAUGUGGUCUGAUAAGUUAUAUGGACAUGUAAAAGUAAAUAAUUACUCUGAAUGCUCGCCAGAGGGCGCUCCAGACCACACAAUUACUGAAGAAAGUUGAUGACGGCGACCGUCAUUAAAGUAAACAUCAUCGGAUAGAAUCUAACAGACAUCACCUGUCUGUGAGAUUCACAACCAGCCUGGGUUCACGCUUUAGAACAGUGUCCUCCCACUCAGGCCCUUCGGCUUCCUCCGAGGGCAACAAAGCAGGGACGGUUGCACAUAAAUUAUUCACCUGUCACGUUCUUGAUGUUUAUUUGUUUAAAAACAUCGGUUUUGAUGAUUAUGAUUUACUUUGUGAUUUCUUAUGAUGAUUAGUCUCAAUGCUUUUAAAGUGAUUUUCACAGUUUCAGCAUUAGCCAAAACUGACAAUGGAGACAAAUGUGUUGUCCUUUCAUAGAUAUCUGACGACAUUGUGGUCCAACCUGGGCCCCUUUUGGUUUAUAGGUGGUCCAGAGACCUGUUCAAACAUGACUAUAUUUCCAAUAAAAAUCUUAAGAUUUCUCAUUUCUAUUCUGAAGUAAAAUCUUUCAACUGCAGCUUGAUACUGUAUAUUUGUGCGUGUGUUAUUCUUAAAGUGAAUAAAAGUUUAACUGGAAUCAGA